AUGCCUUACCAUAAGAAUGACCUCCCCUAUAUCCGCCGCUACAUCACCACUCACAAUACCGAGGGCGAAUCGGUAUUUCUCUCUCAUGCGCAAGUUCCUGACUACCUCCCAUCGACACCAAGCGGAGAUGAUGGCGAGAUUGCCCUGCUUUACGCUACAACCACUAUGCCAGCCUCGGUUGACGCUGAGGCGGACGUCGCGAUGUACGAUGAGUUCCUGCAUCAACCUCCUGGAAUCACAGUUGAUGGCGGAACCGUUUUCCGUCUGAUUGAUCUCCGUCCAGGAAGAGCGACACCAAUGCAUCGGACAGUGAGCGUGGACUAUGGGGUGAUAAUUGAGGGUGAUGUUGAUCUCUUACUGGACUCGGGUGCUAGUCGGCGUAUGCAUCGUGGCGACGUGAGUGUGCAAAGGGGUACUGCGCAUUCCUUCCGGAAUGUGAGUGACACAAAAUGGUGCCGCAUGUUGUUUGUGUAUCUGCCGAUGGAAAAGUUGAACAUCCAAGGGAAGAACCUAGAAGCUGAGGUAUAUGAUGAGGGAUUUGACAAACCAGAGAAGGAGGAGGGACCUGAAUGCGGAGGUAUGUGA